CCGAUGUGUACACAAUGGCAAAACCGUGACCGCGAAUCGUUGAUUCGAUUUAAGUUCUUUCUUACAUACCACAUGUAUCAUCUCUUUUAUUGUUUAAAUCAAUUUGGCUCGGAAUGCUCUUUAACAAAAGACGAACUAUUUCAAAAUGGAUACAUUUGAUUGGAACUACACCGAAGACACGCCAUCCAACCCCCCCCCCCGAAACAAGCACGCUACCACAUUCAAAGAGGGCGGCCCUUCUCGACCAAUACAACCAGGAACAGGCCAUCCGGUACCUUCCCGUGUUCGUAUUCCUCAUUAUCAUCUUGUUCAUAGGAACCAAUGGAAACAGCCUUGUCCUGUUCGUUUACUGCAAGAUGUUUAGAAAGACUUCGUCUAACUAUUUCAUCGUUGCUAUGGCGAUAUUUGACCUCUUAGCGUGUGUAUUAGGUUUGCCAACCGAAUUAUACGAUCUGAGAUAUUCGUUAACGUUUUACAGCGGUGCGAUAUGUAAGAUAUUUAGAUACACUGAAACAGUUGUUUACGGUUCUGCCAUCAUCUAUGUGCAGCUGCCUUUGACCGAUAGUUCAAAAUAUGCAAAAACCUUUGAUGCUAAUUCAACUUUACCAGAUAAAGAUCUGCGUCGUGGCCGGACUAGUCGCUGUGACAAUAUCAAUACCAGCGCUCAUUUUGGCCGUGUUCAAGAGUACGAAUGCCCCGGAAUAGUACGAAUAAGCAAUCUCGACCGCAGUGAUAAAAACCAUUAAAAACAAAUCAUAAAAAAACAGAGACAUACACUUUUAAGUAAAGUUCUGCCGCCUUAGUUAUAUAUAACGGAUAUAAAGGCCGACAAAAACGUUUCUUCCAGUUGUACAUUUUCCAACGAUAUUUUCCCUUGUGUAUACGAUUGGACCCAAUAAUAUUAAAGAAUGAGCUAAGAUAUCUUUUGGGAAUAUUCUGUUUAAAUCGAUGAAAAAUUUAUUAAGUUAUAAUGCUCCCAUAUUUAAAUGGUUAAAAGCAUAGUCAAUACGCAAUAUACACGAAUACUACGAAAAACGAUUAUACUCCAUGCUGUCAGUAUAAAAUUGCGAAAUAUCUUCGAUCAGUAUAAAUGACAUCCAACGAAUGUAAGUUUUACAGAACUAAUGAAACUUUUCCGGGGUUUCGGGAGUGGUAUUUUGAUACAUCAUAACACUAUAUACCGAUAAGUGGCAUCAUACUGUAUACAAUUCAUUCUAUGUAGCAACGGAAUUAAAACAUAAAUCAGUA